AUGGGGGGGUCUCUCUGCUCUGAAGGAGUUAGAGGCAACUCUAGGACCAUCAGGGGCAUGGCAGAGGAUCUAGGGCCGGGUUUUGGGGAAACAGUCAGUGUCGAAAUGCUGACCGAGGACGGAGGCUGCAGGCCCAAGGCCAGAGCUGGGCUAGCAUCCAGGAGCAACAGUGCACGCUGCGCUCUGACCUGCUGCCUCGUGUUGCUCCCUAUCCUGGCAGGACUCACCGCCUACCUGCUCGUUGGCCAGCUCCGGGCCCAAGGAGAGGCCUGUGUGUUUCAGACUCCAAAAGGACAGGAGCUUGGACCUUCAUAUCAGCGAUCUUACGCACCUCCUGGAGCCGGUGGGGAUAAGCCAAGGGCACACCUAACAGUUGUGAGACAAACUCCCACGCAGUCCUUGAAAAAUCAGUUCCCAGCUCUGCAUUGGGAACAUGAACUUGGCUUGGCCUUCACCAAGAACCGGAUGAACUACACCAACAAAUUUCUGGUGAUCCCAGAGUCAGGAGACUACUUUGUUUACUCCCAGGUCACAUUCCGAGGGACCACAUCCGAGUGUGGUGAAAUCAGCCAAGGGAGCCGACCAAACAAGCCAGACUCCAUCAUCGUGGUCAUCACCAAGGUAACGGACAGCUACCCUGAGCCGACCCAGCUCCUAAUGGGGACCAAGUCAGUGUGUGAAAUAGGCAGCAACUGGUUCCAACCCAUCUACCUAGGGGCCAUGUUCUUCCUGAAUGAAGGGGACAAGCUCAUGGUGAACGUCAGUGACAUCUCUUUGGUGGAUUACACAAAAGAAGAUAAAACCUUCUUCGGAGCCUUCUUGCUAUAG